AUGUCUCUGUCCUCCACAGCGAUCCAGGCCCUUCGCUCCGUGCUGAACUCCUUCUCUAUAGUCAACAGGAAGAACAUGUUUGUCUACCAGGAGCGUACGACUAAAUCUGUCUUUUACCUCCGACUGUGUGAAACCUCACAGACCAGCAGAUACCCUGACCUGGAUGGAAACCUUCAUACGCCCCCCCGGCCCUUGGGGCUGGUUAGAAGCCAGGAACCUGUUAAUCCUGAAGACCAGAUGGGUCCCAGAUCUUCAAUUGAAGGCUCCCGUCCAGUAGGACAGGUGGACAAGCACAUCCUGCUGCUGGUGCAUGGAGUGGGAAAUGCAGAGAAAAGCGGAUCUUCUGAUCUUCUGGAUCGGAACCGCAGACUGACUGAUGGAGGAUCAGAUCUCAGAGGUUCUGGGAACACCAGUCCGGUCCGCUCCGGUCCGGUUCCGAUGUUCCGGCUCACCGAACCGAGGGAGCCCUCUGCCCAAUCACUGCCUCUGAUUGUGAACCUGGAGGCCAGUUCAGGAUUGUUUCCCUCUGAUUGGCUGGGAAGCAAAUUAGAUCCAGAGAAUCAGAGCCGUGUUCUGGUUCUGAUCCGGUUUUAA